ACUUUGUUUUUCGUGCAAAAGCGUUGUGUUUAUUAAACGGAGAUUAGAUAAAUACAGAUAGAUUAAUUAAGCGAUCGAUUAAUUAAUUGCUACUGGCACUAUCGCUGCGGAUUGGAUAAACGAGACUCGGGUGAAAAGUGAAAUCAUACCGUGCACAUAGAGUGCAUUUAAGGUUCAAGAUAAGGAUACAGAUAGAGAUACAGAUAGAAAUACAGGUUAAAGGUUGAGGAUGAGCAACUACCGUUAUCAGGGCGCUGGCAUCGGGGGCGUCGGCGUGGCCGGGGGACAUGGCUACAGCGGCAUCGAGGUGCACGAGGUGAUGCAUCCGCACCACUUCACCUACGUGAGCCAGUGCGUCAAGUACAUGAUCUUCCUGCUGAACUUCGUGUUCUGGCUAUUCAGCGGCCUGCUCCUUGGCAUUGGCGUCUACGCCUUCAAGGACAAGUGGGAGGAGGCCAACGGGUCAGUGCGACUGGAGAACUUCUACGAUGUCUUCCUCAACAUCUCACUGGUGAUGAUACUGGCCGGCAUGGUCAUCUUUCUGGUCAGCUUCUCUGGCUGUUUGGGCGCUUUGCGCGAGAACACCUUCCUGCUGAAGUUCUACUCCUUGUGCUUGCUGCUCUUCUUCUUGUUGGAGAUGGCUAUCGCCAUCAUCUGCUUCGUUUGCCCGCAGUACAUGAACACCUUCCUGGAGAAGCAGUUCACGGGCAAGAUAAUCCACUCGUACCGCGACGAUCCCGACCUGCAGAACUUCAUUGACUUUGCCCAGCAGGAGUUCAAGUGCUGUGGCCUCAGCAACUCGGGCUACCAGGACUGGAGCAAAAACGAGUACUUCAACUGCAGCUCGCCGUCGGUGGAGAAGUGUGGAGUGCCCUACAGUUGCUGCAUCAAUGCCACCGACAUAUCCUCCGGCCUGGUGAACAUCAUGUGCGGCUACGGCGUCCAAGAGGCGCCCGUUCCGGAGGCCAGGAAACGCAUCUGGACCAGCGGCUGCAUAGAGAUCGUGAGAGUUUGGGCCGAGCACAAUCUGUACGUGAUUGCCGGCAAUGCCCUGGGCAUCGCCCUCAUCCAGCUGCUGGUCAUCUACCUGGCCAAGACGCUGGAGGGCCAAAUCGAGCUGCAAAAGUUGCGUUGGCUGGCGUGAGAUCCGGGACAGCCCGAGUUUUACGGGCCCUACAACCACUCCUGAACAAUGUACUCCCAGAAUCUCCUGGUUUGUACAUCACUCAUGUGCGGACGGACGGACCAGCAAUGAAAAGUCAGUGAACGUUAUGGAACUGAAGUCCAGUAGUAAGCAGAAUAUUAUACAUAUGUAGACGUAAGCUCCAAUAGUAUAUGAUAGUCGUAAUGUAAGUGAGACUUGUAUUUUCCCAUUCCCCUUACUUACUUACUUAUGAAUUUUUCAAGGUGCAAUAUUAUCCUUUUUUUAUAUGCUUUUUUAAAUACCUAGAGCACAAUUUAAAUGCUUCAUUUCCUAUUUCCUCACAUGUUUUGAUGCCAAAUUACUCAUUCCCCAACUUUUGUUGCAAUCGACUGAGUGGCUGUAUAUACUCGUACUUGUAAACCCAUCUUAAAACGUAUACUUAUUCUAAUCUCAAGCGCCAUAUGCAUUAUGCUAGUGAAUAACUUGCUUAAUCCGGAUGCAUUUAUUUAUAUGUACGUGCUUUCUAGGGAAACGCAACCCACAGGGCGCACAAAUCUUGAAUAUCUAUUAAUCGAACAAUUUCUGAAUGUAUUAUUAAUCUAGAGACCUAAUUCUGUAGAUGUACGAUAAUAGAACACAAAGUAAAUCAACAAAUAAAACUUAAUUCAACAAAGUUUACAAUUUGAAGGAAAUGCUAAAAUGUCAAAAAACGCGGUUUGUUUGGUAUUUUACAUACCUUUUUGGUAUAUUUGGGGCAGAAUUAGGAAAAAAAAAGCUGCUUAUCUUGAAAGCAGAGUUGUAAAAUCAGAAAUAUAAUAAGUUUUUUCCUCAUUUAACUUUUUAUUGUGCCAUUUAACGUACUUAAGUUUAUAGUUCGCAGCAACAUUUUAAUUUAUAUUUUGUAACAAUUUUAUAUAUUCUUUAUUAACGAUGUUUCUCCUUCAACUUCUCGAUCCCUUCUCUACAUUCGAUAUAUCGAUGAUACUAUCGUUCAUUCUUAAAUCUAUUCAAUUAAUUCUAUCGAUAUUUAGUUAUUUAGUAUUUACAAUUAUAUACAGUUUACAUUCGGCCUACCUGACUUAUGAUCGACCUCGAUCUACAAUAGUAAUGCUAUAGUAUGGUUUACAACGGUUUUCCAAUGUUUCAAUCUCGCUGGUUCUAAUAUACUCUUAAAUGGUAAUUGGGUUAAUUGACAAUCAUCUACAUCAACAAUUUCAUAACGGUCAUUUUCAAAUACUCUAUUUACUUUAUAAGGGCCGCGAUACUUGGGUGCGAAUUUCUUAUUAACUCCAGGUGUUGUAUCAAUAUUUCGUAUAGCUACAAAAUCUCCGACUUUAUAUUCCAGAGGGGCUUUAUGUUUCUUUGCAUAAUAUUGCUCAUUCUUAUAUUGUGAGUGCUGUAUAUUCCUAUUAGCCUUUAAACGGAUACUAUCUAAGUCUUUUUGCUCUAAAUUAAACUUGUCCUCAAUGUAUUCUGAUAAUUCAUCAACUAUAGGGCCUUUUUGACUAACACCAAAUAAUAGAAUACUAGGUGAUUCUUGAGUACUACUAUGAAUGGAAUUAUUAAUGGCAAACUCAACUUUAUUUAAUAACUUAUACCAAUCCGCCUGCUCUAUUGGCUCUGAUAAUUUACCUAACAUAGGUGUUAAGAUUCUGUUCACUCUCUCUACUUGCCCAUUGGCUUGAGGUGCGCCUGUAGCCACCUUGAUAUGCUCUAUUUCACGUUCUUGAAGAAAGGUCGAAAACUCUAGGGAGGUAAAACAAGAUCCCCUGUCAGAAAUAAUUCGUUUUGGACGGCUAUAGAAGUCAAAAUACCUACUAAGUGAAUCUUUUGCUUCACGAGUACUAGUGCUAUUUACUGGAAAUAGCUUAACAAAUUUCGUAAAUGAAUCUAUGACAACAAGGAGGUGUUUUCUUUUUGAAUGUAUGCUUGGUAACGGUCCUAAAUGAUCUAUGUGAAUAGUAUGGAAAGGUAUACACGGCUUUGGAAUGCUAUGGAGUGUACGAUUAUGAAUGGUUUUCGGUACUGAAUGCAAUAUACACGGUAAACAAUUUCUUAUAAAAUUUCCUACUUUACUACUCAUAGCUGGGAACCAAUAGUUUCUCUUUAAAUCCUUUACACAUUUUUCAGCAGCUAGGUGGCCUAAUUUUUCAUGUGAUAACCUAAUUAUUUGUUCUUCCAUGCAACUCGGAGCAUACAGACAUAAGGAUUCGUCACUAUUCUUUUUAUAAAUAACGCCAUCUACUAAUUCAAAUGAAGUGCAACUACCUUCCUCCACGGCUGUUCUUAUCUUAAUUAUUUCAGGGUCACGCAUUUGUUCAGUUUGCAAUAUAAGGUCAAUAUCCCUAGGUGUUGCUCCUACUACCCCCACUACUUUAAUCGACUCUACUAUGGAUUUUUCUCUAAACUCCAAUUCAUUUGGGACACCACCCCAGCUGUCUUUACUAUCCUCUAUGCUAAAAUUAUGGUCUUCUGAUAUAUUUGACUGAGUCUCAUCUCUACUUUCACAAUGCGGCAUGUAUCUCCUAUUUCCUACUCUACUCUCUAAGUUCCUAUUAUUCCCUAUGGAUUUAGCUAUGGACUCUACGGUAUUAUCACUAUGUUCACUACUCAUCAGGGGUUUCGCUAGGGACUCUAUGGCGUUAUCACUAUUUUCUCUAAGUGCAUCUAAUACUUGAACUUGUCUACUCAACGCAUCAACAUGAGGCAUAUUAACACCAGGUCUAUGAACUAUAGAAUAAUCAUAAUUCUCCAAUUCCAAUGACCAUCUCGCUAUCUUAGGGUUUAUGGCUUUCCUACUCAGUGUCUGCACUAAAGAAUUACAAUCUGUCACUAUUUUAAAAUGCCUAUGCUCUAAAUAAACUCUAAAUCGACGUAAUGCAUUAAUAAUCGCUAGGGUUUCCAAUUCAAAACUAUGAUACCUAGACUCAGCUGCAUUAGUUUUACCUGAAUAAAACGAUACUGGAUGCAUCUUGCCAUCAUCUUGUCUCUGCAUAAGGACGGCUCCAAAGCCAUGCGAGCUAGCAUCUGUAUGAAGUUCAGUCUCACGAUUAGGGUUAAAGAUAGCCAAUACUGGAGGAUUCGAUAAUACGGUUUUCAACGAUUUAAAAGCUCCUAGUUGUUCUUCAUUAAGUGGAAAUGGGCCUCCUUGUUUUAAUAAAUCCGUUAAAGGUUUUGCAAUUUUUGCAAAGGAUAAUACAAAACGCCUAAAAUAUGAGAAGAAUCCUAAGCACGAAUGAAGGGUGUUUAAAUUUUGCGGUAUAGGGAAAUUUUUUAAAGCAUCUAGGUGUGCUUCACUAGGUGUAAUUCCACUACGGUUGAUUUUAUAGCCAAGGAACUCACAUUCAGGUUUUAAAAAUUCACAUUUUUUUAGGUUAAUCUCUAGGUUGUUCUCACUAAUACGAUCUAAUAAUUUCUUUAGGAUUUCUAAAUGUUCCUUUACAGUUUUGGUAGCUAUCACUAUAUCAUCCAUAUACACUACUAUUUGCUUGUUUUGAAUAAAGUCCACUAAUACUUCUGUAAUAAAUCUUUGAAAAAUAGCUGAUCCAUUUUUUAAGCCAAAUGGCAUUCUUAAAUAUUCAUAUUGCCCAUGGGGUGUUACAAAUGAGGUAAACGGUACACUCUGUGAAUCUACGCCUAUUUGGUGGAAGCCACUCUUAAAAUCCAUUAUUGAAAAACAUAUCUUGCCUUCUAAGUACUCUAAGCAAUCUUCAAUUAACGGUAAUGGGAAAUUAUCUUUAACUAUUCGCUUAUUAAGUCCUCUAUAAUCUACGCACAUUCUAAGUUCACCAGAUUUCUUUUUAAUCAAAACUAUGGGAGAUGCAUAAGGAGAUUUACUUUUUCUAAUAACAUUUUUCUUAAGAAGAUCAUCAAUUAUUUCACCUACUUUCUCUUUUUCAUAGUAUGACAAACGCCUAGGUGAACAAUGAAAGGGUGUAGUAUCUGUAACUCUAAUAGUCAUCUGAUAUAUAGGAGCUUUUUUAUAAUCUAAAUUUUUACUUAAAUAAUGAGUUUUUACUAUUUCACUACAUUUUUCUUCAUAAUCUUUUCCGAAUCCGUUUCCUACACUAAUUAGUUCCUUUAACUCUUCUUCAAUAUAUCCUGCAUAGUUACUAAAAAAUUGUUCUACUUCUAAUUGAUUACUUUGUUGGUAACUAUUUAUAUCCUUUUGAUUAUUUAGUUUUUGGUUAUUCAACUUAUUUUUACUUAAACAACUAGAAUUAUUUAUAUUAGUUUUCUUAUUGUAAUGGGUUAUAUAUUUACUGGUGAAAAGAGAUGCAGAAAACUUGUUAUUACUGUCGUUAUUAAUAUUUUUAU